UAUGCAGCCUUAUAAUCGUUAUAUAGUGGUCUUUUCAAAUAAUAUUUUUUUUUUAUUCUUUUUUCAUUUGGGUUGUGCUGCGAUCUAUUAACUGGGCAAUCCAAGAAUCCUAUGUCCAUUGUUAACGAGGAAACUUGGCCUAAUAAUUUCAAAGUGUUUAAAUGUCGAAACGUCGGUUUAGUUAUCAAAUUUACAUUUUGGUUUACUUCAUGAACAUUUUACAUAUGCCUUAGCUUCCUCUCUCUCUCUCUCUCUCUCUCUCUCUCUCACAUAUUAUUUCGCUUUCUUACCGAACAUACCAUUCCUGUUCUCUCUCUCUCUCUCUCUCUCUUUCUCGCUCGCUCUCGCAGGGAGGAUGAGCACUAAGCAAGCAUUGUUUCUCGGCUUCGUGUGCUUGCUUUCAUCGUCUCAACUACACCCUACCGGAGCCGAUCAAAACACCGGCGAAUCUCCGGCGCCGGUGAACCCAUUCACUCCAAAAGCCUCUCUGGUUCGUUACUGGGACAAACGCAUCGAUGGAGAUUCCACGAAACCCACGCCGUUUUUCCUCUCAAAGGCCUCACCUUUAUCCGCCGUAGACUCCACGCGCUUCGUCUCACUCGCGUCACGCCACGCUCUUCACACGCGCCUCCGUGACUUCUGCACCGCCGCCGUACUCUUCUGCUUCCCGGAGCUCGCGAAUUUCCCGGCCAAACAACACGACGGAGACGUCAACUUUUCCGUCUACACCAACAAAAACUUCACCAACUACGGCUCUAACCGCCUCGCCGGCGCCGGCGACGAGUUCAAGAACUAUUCCACAGGAGACAACAUUGCAAUUGAUUCCUUCCGGCGCUACAGCCGAGACUCCGCCGGCCACUCCGACGGCUUCUCCACCUACGCCGACGAUGCCAACGUCGCCGACCAGAGCUUCAACACCUAUGGCGCCGGAUCCACCGGAGGAUCCGGAGACUUUACGGCAUACCUCGCCGGCGUUAACGGGCCCAACGGCCGUUUUACCUCUUAUUCCGACGACGCAAACGGCCGGAGUCAGUCGUUCACUUCCUACUCCAGUGAUGCCAACGCCGGAGUUCAGGCGUUCACCAGCUACAGCAAGAACGGAAACGGGGCACCGAACGAGUUCUCGGGUUAUGGAACCGGGUCGAAUGUUGUUCAAUCAGAUUUCUCCGGUUAUGGGCAAACAGCGAAUGGAGAAAACGACACGUUCACGAGCUAUGGUACCGAUGGGAAUAUUCCGGUGAACAAUUUCAGAAGCUAUGGAGAUGGCGGAAACGGCGGUGUGUACGGGUUUAAGAGCUACAGAGACGAUUCCAACAUUGGAGCUGAUUCGUUCUCUUCGUACGCCAAGAAUUCCGACAAUGCCAAGAUCGAUUUCGAAAAUUAUGCGAAAUCUGUGAAUCUGGGUUCAGACAAUUUCACCAGUUACGGACAUGGAGCUCAGAAUCAAGAAACGGGGUUUAAAUCGUACGGACCAAAUCCCAACUUCAAGGAAUACACGAAAAACGACGUCGUUUUCUCGAGAUACACGAACUCGACCUCCGCGAGUGGUAAAACCGUAAAUAAAUGGGUGGAGCCGGGCAAAUUUUUUCGGGAGGCGAUGUUAAGGGAGGGGACUUUGAUGCAAAUGCCGGAUAUUAGAGAUAAAAUGCCCAGAAGGACUUUUUUACCCCGGGCCAUCACCGCGAAAUUGCCGUUCUCAUCCUCGACCACCCGUGAGAUCCUCCGUAUCUUCUCGGCAGCCGAGAACUCGUCGAUUUCUCGUAUCAUCUCAUACGCCGUCGCGGAAUGCGAGCGGCCCCCGAGCCGCGGUGAGGUCAAGAGGUGCGUCGGCUCGGCAGAGGACAUGAUAGAUUUCGCCACGUCGAUGCUCGGGCGCCACGUGGCGGUCAGGACGACAGAGAGCGUAGCAGGGUCAAAAGGGACGAUCGAGAUCGGGAAAGUCAACGGAAUCAACGGGGGAAAAGUGACGAGAUCGGUAUCGUGUCAUCAGACUUUGUACCCGUAUCUACUGUAUUACUGCCACUCGGUACCUCGGGUUCGGGUCUACGAGGUGGAUCUUUUAGAUCCGAAGAGUCGGGUCAAGAUUAAUCACGGUGUUGCCAUCUGUCAUGUUGACACGUCAGCAUGGAGCCCGGGUCAUGGAGCUUUCCUAGCCUUGGGUCCGGGCCCGGGUCGAAUCGAGGUCUGUCAUUGGAUCUUCGAAAAUGAUAUGACGUGGAUUAUUACAAAGGUUUGAUCUGAACCGUUCGUUUGUCAUUGGUCCUGUUUGGCUUUCGAGUUUCGAGUUUAUCUUUCUUGUCCUUGGUGUUUGUGUUUUUUUAAAAGCUUUGCUAUUUUUAAUUGAGAUUUGCAAGUGUAAUUUUUCCCUCUUUUUCUUAGAUUGAAUAUGAACACUUUACAAUAAGGAACAUAUAUCUACUUAUAUAACAUUCAAUGUAAUUGGAACGUAUAGGAAAAUGUGCAUAUGUGUGUGUGUGCGCCACAAAUAAUGGAUGAUUUGGGACUGAGUUAAGGCAGAUAA